AUGCAGAACGAGUGGUUAGACAUAGGAGAUUUUUGCAUCUCAUUAGCAUUAAAAUGGCGCACUUUAAUUUAUGAUUGGUCGCCAGCAUUGCUAAAAUUCUAUCUCAAUGCGUUCCAGAUGACUCUCCCAGAUCAGAGUAAUUUAGUAAGAUGGGGUAAAAGUACCGAAAAAACUUGCUAUUUCUGUGGAAAGGCAGUUGGAACUGCUAAGCAUCUGCUGGUGGGAUGUAAGGUACUCCUGGACAGCGGUCAAUACUCGCGUCGUCACGAUAGGGUUCUAGAAGUCAUACAUGAAGCGGUUAGGCUUUCGGUAGCCAGAGCGCAAAAGGAAAUAACCACAAACGAAAAAUCAGUAGGUUUUGUGAGCGAAGGCACUAGGGCUACAAAAUCAAACGUCAAGCCUUACUCCAUCCUUAAAACGGCGUCGGAUUGGACUAUAAUGAUGGACACGUAUGAAAAACAAUAUAAAAUCCCCGAGGAUAUUUGUGCGUCGGCCUCCAGACCGGAUAUAUUUUUGUUUUCGCGAAUUUUAAAGCGCGUAGUGAUGAUAGAGCUUACGGUCCCUUGGGAAACCAACAUCCCCAAAGACCAUACCAUCAAGGUCAACAAAUAUUACGAGCUCACAAACGAACUCACUCGAAAUAGGUUCGUAGUAGAUUUGUACGCGGUAGAUGUGGGAGCGAGAGGUAUAACAGCGAAAUCUCUCUAUAACCUACUAAAUGACUUGGGCUUGUCCAGAACUCACAUUAACGCAUUCUUGGAACGUACAUCGAAGGCAGCCCUAGUAGGUUCUUUUCAAAUUUGGUUAGGUAGGGAGAGGAGCUUGGACAGUGGAGGUGAGCGUAUAACGCGCGUUAGUUAA